AUGUUUGGCUUCAUACGAUUGAUUGGAUAUGUCAAGUUGAUCGAAUGCUUAUCUUUAGGACAUGCUCGCUACAGACGUCAAUCGUUGGAUGCAUCGCAUACUCCACAAAUAGAUCUUAAUAUUACCGUCCCAUACAUAUUCAGUGCAAGACUCUAUCCGUACGGUAAACAAAAAGGUGAUCAGCUACUAACUGGCAGUGUGCAGUCGUUGAAACUUUCAGCGCCGAUCAAUUUCCUCGGUCAAAAAUACGAAAAGCUCUAUAUUCGUCGUGAUGGUUCUAUCGCAUUCUCAAGUCGGUCUGUUAAACCGUCCAAACUACCCACCAAAGAGCCAAUCAUUGCCGUUUACUGGAUGCCUUCAGAAGGCGGCAAUGUCCACUAUCGUGAAACCACUGAACAAUCCGUCCUGAAUCUGGCUCAGAAUGAGGUGAACAUUCAGUACCGUUACGGUUCAUCCUUUAAACCGCAUUCGGUUGUUGUUGUCACGUGGGAGAACACUCACGAUCGAAGUGAUAAGUCAUCCGAAGGAAAUCUCUUCCAAAUUGCGCUUAUCUACAGUGAAAGUGGUACUUUUGCGCACGUUGUCUACAGUAAACUCAUCUCAAAUAACGAUGCUAUUGCCGGUUUCAGUGGUCAGGACGAUCAUUAUUCGUUGCCUGAAUCAGGAACGCAUGAUGCCAUUCAGUUAGCCGAGAAGAGUGAUAUCGGUAUUCCGGGAGAGUUCGUUUUCCGGAUUGAUGCUGAUCGUGUGUUUUUGUGUGGCGCUGGCUUUAAGGGUUUGGAAUGUAUCGAUGCUUGUGGCACAACUGAAUGGGGUCUUGAUUGCUCACGUGAAUGCCAUUGUGAGGGUGGAUCACAAUGUAACGCCGAAACUGGUAUAUGCGCAAACGGUAGAUGCAAUCCAGGAUGGACCGGAGAGCCGAUUUGUGAUGAUGGUAAUGAAGUUGAAAAUAUUGAUGAGUGUGCAGCCGCAUCUAAGGAUUUGUGUCCACCAGAACAACCGGAUUGUUUGAAUACACCUGGUGCUUUUCUGUGCCUGUGUUUCGAAUACGAUAACGCUACAAAAACUUGCAAAGGAUCACCACCACUCGAAAAGCCAUCAGAAAGUGAGCAGAUUCCCGUAAAAGUGGUCCCACUUCAGCCCGUACUUAUCGCCAAUACCCAACAACCUCUCACCGUAACUCUCACAAUCCCAACUGAGCCAGCCUCUACCGAAACAUCUAUUGCAUCAUCUGCAUCAACUUCUACUCCAUCAGCACCUGAAACUGCCGCCUCACCUUCAGAAUCUGCCGAACUUUCAAGCUUAAUGACUGCAGAAACGUUCCGAUCAACAACUCCUGAUGUUACAGUUGAAUCCAAAUCGCAAUCGCCCACUUCAGAAUCAAGCACUACUCAGCAGCAAACGACUCCAUCUACGACUCAGUUUGAAGCUACGACUCAGUCACCAUCCGUCACAGAUCCUACCACUUCAGCUACUACCAAAGCUAUCUCAACAACCACUUCUUCUCCAUCGUCACAAACAAUUCGCUUCAGUCCAGUUACUAUUCGGCCAGUUUUCGGUACCACAUCAUCGCCAUGCAAAUGCGGUCAAAACGCUGAGUGUAUCUCGGGUGUUUGUCAAUGCAAACAGGGUUGGACAGGUGAUGGUCAGCUUUGUACGGAUAUCAACGAAUGUUUCGGAGAGCCGAGUAUUUGUGGACCACAUUCGAUAUGCGAGAAUAGUGCUGGAUCGUACACUUGCCAGUGCGAUAUCGGAUAUAUCUUCGAUAAUGAAGGGAAAUGUGUUGAUAUGGAUGAAUGCGCUGAAGGUGUUGUUGUAUGUGGUGAUGGUAAGAAUAGUUCAGUGUGCGUGAAUACAGACGGUGCUUAUGAGUGUCGUUGUGCACCAGGAUAUGUGGGGCAUCCUGACACUCAACAUGGAUGCAAUGAUAUUGACGAGUGUCAGUUGUCGGACUUUUACUGUGGUGAGAAAGGUGUUUGCAAGAAUACAAUCGGAAGUUAUGAAUGCGAAUGCUCAGAGGGAUAUCAACAAGACGUGGAAGGAGGCCAAUGUGUUGAUAUCGAUGAGUGCAAAUAUGAUCCAUGCGAUAAGGCUGCAUUGUGCACUAAUUUACCCGGUACCUUCAAGUGUACAUGCAUCGAUGGUUUCAUCGGUAAUGGAAUUGAAUGCCACGAAACGAUUAUGUAUCCGAUUGAAAAUCCAAAUCUGGUUCUUCAGUCCGUUAUGAACUCACUCGGUGAACUUGAACUGCAAAUACCGAUUGCAUUGUUCGGAAACCUGUACAGGAAUCUCUUUUCCGUUAUGAACUCACUCGGUGAACUUGAACUGCAAAUACCGAUUGCAUUGUUCGGAAACCUGUACAGGAAUCUCUUUAUAAUCUCGAAUGGUGCCGUAAGUUUCGGUUCACCGUUAAAGCUUCUCAGCAAGGAUCCGCCUGAAUUUCCCGCAUUUGUUCCACUCUAUCAACAAUACGAUCUUCAACGAGGUGGCAACAUUUUCGUGAAAGUUAUCAAUGAGGAUGAUGCACUCAACUACGCACUUUUGACACGAUCUUCGCUGAUGGUUCAAGACAGGUUCCAUGAACGCGAAUUCAGGACACGUUCUCUGAUCAUCAUAUCGUUCGAUAAAUUGAUUCAAUUCGAAACUGAUCAGUUGAAUACAUUCCAAGUGGUAAUAGCUCAAGGCAUGAAUGCCACCUUCUUAACGUAUCUCUACGAGGAGGUCGAAUGUGAUAACGCAGUUAGUGGUUUCUCAUCAGGAGGCGAAUUCUUUGAGUUGCCUUUUGAGUUGUUGAUGAACAGUUCAAAUAUUGGUGAGAAAGGCAAAUGGAUGUUCCGAGUUGAUCAAAAAGAACCAGUGAGAUGUCCUGCUGGCACCCUGAAUCCACCACUUUGUCAAAAAGAAUGUGCGGCUGGUAAAUGGGGAUUCAGUUGCCAUAAUGACUGUCAUUGUGCAAAUAACAUACCAUGCGAUUUCUCAACUGGUUUCUGCUCAAAUGCACGAUGUGCUGAAGGCUGGAGUGGUAUCAAUUGUUUCGAAGAUCAGCCGGAAUGCAUCUGUAAUGAUGGCUAUCAUGGAGAUGGCUUCAGCUGUCAGCUAAUCGAGAGGCUUCUGGAACGUCCAUCUGAGCCAACUGAUGAAGAUGAACCGAAAGUGAUAACUGAUGGUAUCCCGCUGUCAAUACCGGGUAAAAUUGGUCGUGAAGAAGGAUUCGAUGAAACACCCUUCCUGGCUAGCAAUUGGAUUACCGAAAAGUCAUCACCGGAAGUCACAUCAAGGAGUACAAAGAAACCAUUCGUAACACCAAGUGAGCCAAUCGCAAAGGAUUAUAACGAUAUUGAAAAUGAGGUUUUGAUUGGUGGUCGAACGAUGGAUGACGACACUGAUAACGCUAGUUGUGCGUUUUUCUUUCGACCAAUUUUUUAA